CCGCAGCGCCGUCCCGCCCAGCGAGCGAGCCCGAGCAGGCAGACGCGCGGCCGGCGGUCUGGGGGCGCGCCGCCUCCCGGUCCCCGAAAUGUGAAGCGGGCAGGGCGGAGAGACGCAGAGACGGCCGAGCCGAGCGCCCUCGCCGCCCUCCGGCAGCCGCCGCUUGCUCCUGCCCCUUCCUGCCGAGGCCGAGCCGACCCCGCGGGCCGCGGUCGGGGAUCCGAGGUCGCCAAGCCUCCGCGCCUCCAGCCUCGCUCGGAGCCGGCUUCAGGCCGGGGGCAGGUUCGCGGCCCAGACGCGGCAGGAGCCGGGACCCGGACGGCGCGUCCGGCCUCGCCCGCGGCUCCUCGCCCAGACAAGUUUGAACAAUGAUCACAGUCAACCCCGAUGGGAAGAUAAUGGUCAGAAGAUGCCUGGUCACUCUGAGACCCUUUCGGCUUUUUGUCCUGGGCAUCGGCUUCUUCACACUCUGCUUCCUGAUGACAUCUCUGGGGGGCCAGUUCUCAGCCCGCCGCCUGGGGGACUCCCCCUUCACCAUCCGCACAGAAGUGCUGGGGGGCCUGGAGUCCCGCGGUGUCCUCCGCAAGAUGAACGAUCUCCUGGAGCUGAUGGUGAAGCGCAUGGACACGCUGGCCCGGCUGGAGAACAGCAGCGAGCUGCACCGGGCCACCGGCGAAGCACACCUGGCUGCAGACAGGUCCCUUCCCGGGGCUGGUCUCAUGGAGCGGAUCCAGGCCAUCGCCCAGAAUGUCUCCGACAUCGCCGUGAAGGUGGACCAGAUCCUGCGCCACAGCCUGCUCCUGCACAGCCGGGUGUCGGAAGGCCGGCGGGACCAGUGUGAGGCGCUCAGUGACCCCAAGUUCCCUGACUGCUCAGGGAAGGUGGAGUGGAUGCGUGCCCGCUGGACCUCCGACCCCUGCUACGCCUUCUUCGGGGUGGACGGCACGGAGUGCUCAUUUCUCAUCUACCUCAGCGAGGUCGAGUGGUUCUGCCCUCCGCUGCCCUGGAGGAACCAGACGGCCGCCCAGACUGCCCCCAAGCCCCCCCCCAAAGUCCAGGCAGCUUUUCGGAGUAACCUGUCCCACCUCCUGGAGCUGAUGGGCAGCGGGAAGGAGUCGCUGAUCUUCAUGAAGAAGCGCGCCAAGCGUCUCACCGCACAGUGGGCCCUGGCCGCCCAGCGCCUGGAGCGGAAGCUGGGGGGCGUCUGGAGGGACCAGAAGCAGAUCCUCGUCCACAUCGGCUUCCUGACGGAGGAGUCUGGGGACGUGUUCAGCCCGCGGGUGCUGAAGGGCGGGCCCCUGGGGGAGAUGGUGCAGUGGGCGGACAUCCUGGCGGCUCUCUACGUCCUGGGCCACAGUCUGCGCGUCACCAUCUCCCUGAAGGAGCUGCAGAGUAACUUAGGGGUGCCUCCAGGCCGGGGGAACUGCCCGCUCACAGUGCCCCUGGCCUUCGACCUCAUCUACACCGACUACCACGGCCUGCAGCAGAUGCGGCAGCACAUGGGCCUGUCCUUCAGGAAGUACCGGUGCCGGAUCCGGGUCAUCGACACCUUCGGGACGGAGCCCGCGUACAACCACGAAGAGUACGCCACGCUGCACGGCUACCGGACCAACUGGGGCUACUGGAACCUCCACCCCAAGCAGUUCAUGACCAUGUUCCCUCACACCCCAGACAACUCCUUCAUGGGCUUCGCGUCGGAGGAGCUCAACGAGACGGAGAAGCAGCUCAUCAAGAGUGGCAAGGCCAGCAACAUGGCGGUGGUGUACGGCAAGGAGGCGAGCAUCUGGAAGCUCCAGGGGAAGGAAAAAUUCCUGAGCAUCCUGAACAAGUACAUGGAGAUCCAUGGCACUGUGUACUAUGAGAGCCAGCGACCCCCGGAGGUCCCGGCCUUCGUGAAGAACCACGGCCUCCUGCCGCAGCCCGAGUUCCAGCAGCUGCUGCGCAAAGCCAAGCUCUUCAUAGGGUUUGGCUUCCCUUACGAGGGCCCUGCCCCCCUCGAGGCCAUCGCCAACGGCUGCAUCUUCCUGCAGUCCCGCUUCAGCCCACCGCAUAGCUCUCUCAACCACGAGUUCUUCCGAGGCAAGCCCACUUCCAGAGAGGUGUUUUCCCAACAUCCCUACGCAGAGAACUUCAUUGGCAAGCCCCACGUGUGGACCGUCGACUACAACAACUCGGAGGAGUUUGAAGCAGCCAUCAAGGCCAUCAUGAGAACCCAGGUAGACCCCUACCUGCCCUAUGAGUACACCUGUGAGGGGAUGCUGGAGCGGAUCCAUGCCUACAUCCAGCACCAGGACUUCUGUGCAGCCCCAGGCCCCGCUGCUCCGGGGGCCCGGGCCCCGCCGAGCCCCAUCGUCCUGGCAUCCAAUGCCACCCACCUCGAGUGGGCCCGAAACAGCAGUGCGGCCCCCGGGGCCUGGCCCCCUGCGCACUCCCUGCGGGCCUGGCUGGCCGAGGCCGGGAGGGCCUGCACCGACGCCUGCCUGGAGCGCGGGCUGGUCUGCGAGCCCUCGUUCUUCCCCUUCCUCAACAGCCAGGACGCCUUCCGGAAGCUGCAGGUGCCCUGUGACAGCACCGAGUCGGAGAUGAGCCACCUGUACCCAGCCUUCGCCCAGCCCGGCCAGGAGUGCUUUCUGCAGAAGGAGCCGCUGCUCUUCAGCUGCGCCGGCUCCAGCACCAAGUACCACCGGCUCUGCCCGUGCCGUGACUUCCGCAGGGGCCAGGUGGCACUGUGCCGGGACUGCCUGUGAGCCGAGGGCGGCGGUGCUGCCCAGCUCUGCCCGGCUCUGCUCGCCCAGCCCAGGAGAAAGCACCAGCAGAUUCCUCGCUCCAGCCACCCGCCCCCUCCAUGCCCCCCAUGCUGGUGCUUCCUUCCGUGGCCAGGAAGCGGACAGAGGAGGGACAGGUGUGGGUUUGGGGGAGGGCAAUACACCCGUGUCCCUGUGCCCACCCUGGGCCAGCCUCCUGGCUCUCAGAGGCCCCUUGCUGUUAGCGAGGCCAGAUCAGGACCUGGUUGUUCUUUGCCUGGGACCUGCCUCUUAAUUUGUUACAAGAGAAAGGGGACGGGGUGAGGCUUGCCCGAUGGCCCGCUGAGGGGGUCCAAGGCACUGCCCUCCCGCUGCCCCAAAGAGCAGGCCUGGGCCUUGCACACCCUCCUCCUGCGAGGGGAGGGGUGCACAUCUGGUCGGCUGUGUCCCCUGGAGUUGCUGGGGUGUGGAUGGAGGGUGCAGGGGACAGGGAGCUGGGCUGAGGGACCCUGUCGUGCCUCCUGCAGCCCCAGCUCCCCUCUUCCCCCACUCCACCACUUUCCUGAAUCCCCCUCCCCUCUAUGUUUGGGGACCACAGUUGGGGGUGGGGUCCACCCAGACCCUCGGUCGAAUUUUUCCCCUCCCUUUGCUUUGGGUUUCUCCUGAAACCCACCCAGGCACGACCUGCAAUUCCAGAUCUUCUGUUUGUUUCCAAAGACUCUGACCCUCUCCCCUCUAAGGGGCAGGUUUCCACCCGAGCCUCUGAAGACAGGAUGCCCCUCUGGGCUUUCCUCAACCCCAGGCACCCCCACAGGUCACCCCUGCCCCCAGCAGCCUCUGCAGGCAAGGGCUGGGGACGGAGCCUCAGCCCCAGCACACCCGGCCCAGCUCCUGGCAGCCCGGGCCCGUAGCCCCACCCAUCAGAGCACCUACGUCCCUCUGUCCACCUGGGUGCACCACCGUCCAUCUCCAUGUGGCAGGCCUGCCCUGCCCCAGGGUGCCCCCCCAUGCCCUGCCCCCAGCCCAGAGCCCAGGCCUUCUGGAACACUGCCACCCCACCCCGGUUGACAACCCACUCCCUCUCCGUUGACACCCCCUCCCCGGGCUUGCCCCCUGAGAUCCCUGGGCACUGGGGAGGGGGAGCUGGGUCCCCUCCCGGUCUGGGAGGCCCCUGCGAGAAGCUCGAUGUUACCACGGACCUGAUCUGCAGGGGGAAAGCAAUAGAGACACUCUUUUCUCUCUCUUUUUUUAAAGAUUUAUUUCUUGAAAUAAUAAAUAUUUUAUUGGGAUGUGUGAUGCA